AUCACGGGCGUCGAGCGUCUCACUCACUUACACGCACACACACACACGGCAGCCGCAGCAGGAAGGACCGAGUGGACGUGGGUUCGGGACUCGGGGAGGCGCCACUGACAGCCCGGUGAAACGGCAGAGCGGAGCCGGGGAGACAAUGCGGCUCUCGGUGAGUCCGUUCCGGCCAAGUUGAGGCUCGCGCGCCGCUCCCGCAGAUGCUACCUGUCCGUCCCGGGGACCCGCGCUCCACUGCAGCGUCGCCCCGGACAGAGGGACAAUGACAACCUGGUGAAUGCGGAUCAAGUUCCCGCAGGAUGAGCCUCCAGACACGGAAGAAGAAGAAGCCCGGCUGUGAUUCUCUGCCUGCCGCCGGUGUCGGACCAUAAUGGAGAGCUCCAAUGGCUCUGACACCAAAGCGCCGCUGGAGAAGAGGAGACCGAACCGGGCUCCGUCCCCGGCCAGACCGUUCCUCAAGGAUGUGCACUCGCGCGCCUCCAAGUCACCUGCCAUGGCGCCCAAAUCCCCCAAACUCAGCAAGCAGCACUGCUCCCCCGCGCCCCUGCUUCACCCCAACCGCAGCUCCAGGCGCAACACCUCCGGGAUCAAAGACAAGCCUGCCUCGCUCAAAAGUACCCCCAAGUCCAUGGUUCCCAAAAAGCCCUCCAGGAUCCCCCAGCACGCGACACCCGAGCCCAAAGCGGUCGGAAGUCCGGUGCUGACCAAAGGCAAGAAGGGGAAGCUGGUCUCCGGCUCUCCUGGGCCUCCGAGCCACGGAUCUCCCAUCCGGGUUCCGACCGGAGCUCAUCUCCGAGUCACUCAGACUGACAGCAGUUCGGAUCUGUCGGACUGUCCCUCCGAACCUUUGUCCGACGAGCAGAAGCUGGCGCCCGCUGCCAGCAGCGACGCGGAGUCCGGCACCGGCUCCAGCGACAGGGACCCGCCGGGAGCCCCGGCUGGCCGCGCGGGAUCGUCUCAGGUUCGGGCCACCGGAGGGACUCAGGAGGAGCCACACAAACUGCCAGGGAAGGGGGGACCCGAAGAGGAGCUGCUGCGGGAGAUCGAAGAUCUCAGAUCCGAAAACGACUACCUCAAGGAUGAAGUGGACGAGCUUCGGGCCGAGAUGGAGGAGAUCCGGGACAACUACCUGGAGGAGGAAGUGUACCAGGUGCAGGAGCUGCGGCGGGAACUGGACCGCUCCAACAAGAACUGCCGCAUCCUCCAGUACCGGCUGAGGAAGGCGGAGCAGAAAAGCCUGCGGGUGGCCCAGACGGGACACGUGGACGGGGAGCUGCUGCGGAACCUGGAGCAGGACCUGAAGGUGGCCAAGGACGUGUCGGUGCGUCUGCACAACGAGCUGGAGAGCGUGGAGGACAAACGCAGCCGAGCCGAGGACGAGAACGAGCUGCUGCGGCAGAAGAUCAUCGAGGUGGAGACGUCCAAGCAGGCGCUGCACAACGAGCUGGAGCGGACCAAAGAGAUGGCGCUGAGGCGGCGAGGCAGCAGGGAGAUGUUUAAGGACAAGAAGUCCACCAAUCAGGAGGACAGUGCCGACCUCAGGUGUCAGCUCCAGUUUGCCAAGGAGGAGUCCAGCCUGAUGAGGAAGAAGAUGGCCAAACUGGGCCGAGAGAAGGACGAGCUGGAGCAGGAGCUGCAGAAGUACAAGUCUGUUUACGGGGACGUGGAUAGUCCAACCCCCCUGGCUGAGUGCGCCGGUGGAGGGCCGCACUCCACACGAGAGGCGGAGCUACGGUUGCGGCUGAAGAUGGUGGAGGAGGAGGCCAACAUCCUGGGGCGGAAGAUCGUAGAGCUGGAGGUGGAGAACCGAAGUCUACGGGCAGAAAACGAAGACAUCCGUUGCCAGUACGAGAGGGAUUGUUUCGGGCGGGAACCCUUCUCCAGCAUGCCGUCGUCCCCGUUCGGAGGUGACCCGCUGGAGUCGGCCAAUGAGAUGCGCAGACAUCUCCAGUUCGUGGAGGAGGAAGCAGAGCUGCUCCGCCGCUCCAUUUCCGAGAUGGAGGACCACAACAGGCAGCUGACCUCUGAGCUGAACCGCUUCAAGUUUGGCCCGAGUUCUGGGGCCGAGGAGGGCAGCGAGUUGUACAAACCCAGUAACGGCGGGAACGGCAGCAUGAUGAUAAUGGAGGAGCUGAAGUCGGCGCGGAUGCAGAUCAACGAGCUGAGCGGGAAAGUGAUGAAGCUGCAGUACGAGAACCGGGUGCUCAUGUCCAACGUCCAGCGCUGCGAUCUGGCUGCCCACCUUGGGCUUCGCACCGGUAGCCCAAGAGACAGCGACGCCGACAGUGACGCAGGGCGACGAGAAGCGGCCGAGGAGGAGGAAGCCAGUCGACUUCUUCUCCUGCACCCGAAGAGGGAGGGGCCUAUCGGCGGGGAGAGCGACUCAGAAGACAUGUUUGAGAAAACGGCCACCACCUCAGGGUUCGGAAGCAUCAAACCCUCGGAUGGAAGCGAGCUGAGUGCUUUGGAGCUCGCCAACCGCAGACGAGAAGAGCGGGAGUCGCUCACCAACGUCAAACGAGAGGCCGAUCGACUUGGAAAAACGGUGGACCGUCUGAUCACCGACACGGACAGUCUGGUGUUCGAGGGGCGACUACUGGUGACCACCGGAGACAGCCAGGACGGCAGUGCAACGUCCGGGUCCAAACCAGACACUCAGGUCCUGGACACCAUCAACACUCGCAUGAAGGCGUUCCGCACUGAGCUGCACAUCUUCAUGGAGAAGCUGGACCACGUCGGGGACGGGAUGAGGGAAAGGACGGACGAUCUAUCGCCUAUGCCCAACCUGACCGAGUCCAGCAGCUUCCUGUCCACCGUCACGUCCAUGUCCAGGGACUCGCCCAUCGCCACCUUCGGGAGAGAUCUGGUGACGGACUUCCAGUCCGGUCAGAGGGAUGAGCUGGAGUGGCGUCUAGGACAGGAGCGAGGCGUGGAAGCCCAGAGCCAGAGCCAGGUUGCGGGCCCGGCCCAGAGCAGGACUGGACCCACUAGGUACCACAGACCCCUGGCUUUAAGAGCAGAGGAAGGAGAGCGUCUGCACCUGGAGGCCCAGCGUGGGGGUCUGGAGCUGCAGGGGCUCCACAGCGUGGAGGGCUUGUGGAGUCACGAGAGGGCGGCGCUGCAGCAGGAGCUGCGGCUCUUCCGACGCAGCACCUUCGUCAUCUACAUGAAGCUCAGGUCCAUCCUCACGCACUGGAGACUCCGACACAAGGAGGGCAAGGACGAGGCGCCAGACCCGGAGUUAGAGAAGCUGGACGUCCUCCCAGAUUUGGGAACGAUGGCGGAGCAGGCGGAGGGGGAGGCGGACAGACUGUGUUUACCUCAGACUCCAGGGGACACGACGGACGUCCUUCUGCCGUCACCUGAACGCCACACGCACUCGCAAAGACAGCUCGGGGAGAACAGGCGAGUGCUUCAGGCCCUGCGGACGCUGCUGGAGGAGUUCCGGGAAGAGCUGAGGGAGGAGGAGGUGCGGCGCUGCCAACUGCAACAGUCGUACGCCGACGACAAAGCUGCCUGGGAGGUCAAGUGGGCCGAGAUGAAGUGUCACAUCACACAGCUGGAGGAGACUCAGGUCAAAGGUCGAGGCGACGCUCCUGGCGGUGACGGAGAACCGGCCGCUGACCCGGAGCGGACGCUGAAGCAGGAGCGGGAGGAGCACCGGCGCCUGCUGUCGGAGAGCCACAACUCCGCGCUGGACCUGCGAUGGAAGCUGCAGCACGGAGAGAAGAGGUGGAGCCGAGAGCGAGCCGAGCUGCUGGAGCACUUCGAGCGGGAACGCCAGGAGUGGGACGGGAAUACCCGUGAGCUGCACCGCAAGAUGGAGAGGCUGCAGCGAGAGGUCAGCGGCCGGCGAGGGGAAGGUGCCGAGGCGAAAGAUUACCGAGGAGCGUUUUCACCUCAGGAGAGUCCCUGCAACCUCAGUCGCUCUCCUCGCUCACUUCGCUCGCCCACUGCACCCACCCCCGUCUUAGCCCCUCCCACGCGCUCCCACUCCGACUCUGAGGCCGUGCUGGAGCAGCAGGGGGCGGCCUUGAGGCUGAAAGGUCCGACGGAGAACUUGUUCCUGGACGCCUUGACUCUGGACCCCCUGAGUGGGCUGGAGGUCGCCCCACCCUCCAGACUGGAGAGCGAGAAACGUUUCCCCUGCAUGAAUCAGGCUCUGAACGAGCUCUCAGAGCGGGAAUGUGAUCCCGAGGAGGAAGAGGUGGCUUCUGGGAGUUUGCUCAGAGCCAAGUCCGUCUGCUCCAUGAGUGACUUCCAGCGGUUGAUGGACAGCUCCCCCUUCCUGCCUGACAAGUCUCACCACGGUGAGCGAGGCCACGAUGACAUCACCCCGCCCCUCUCUCCCGACGACCUCAAGUACAUCGAGGAGUUCAACAACAAGGGCUGGGACUUUGCCGGGUCCACCGCUGGGCGGGAGGCUCGGGGAGCAGAGCAAGGUCCGGAUCCGUUCCAGCCAGCGUCCUGGUAUCUCACCACCAGCGCCACCCUCACCACCAGCACGCUGAGCAGCCCCGACCACUGCCACAGGUCCUCGCUGAGGGGCAACGGAGCUACAGGGGUCCACAUCCUUCACGAUCGGCCCGCUGCCCAAGAAUCAGAGUUCCUGUUUGCAAAGGCGACCAAACCCAGGGGUGGGGAUUCUGGGGUGGGACCCAGUGGACCGGAUGAGGUGUUCAGUAGCGCCCGCUGGCCAUGUGGCCUUCUCGAAGGUCCAGGGGGGCUGAGGACUUCUCCCAGUCAGUCCCCCAUCUGCCCCACGGUGGGCUACGCCUCCUCGCUGGAGCUCCAGCUCUCGAGGAACUUGAGCGAUGACAUGAAGGAAGUGGCCAUCUCCGUCAGGAACGCCAUCCGCUCGCCCCCCGGACCAGUGGUCCGAGAAACCGCCUGCCAAACCAACGGCUUCACCACACGAGGCACCCAGACGACGCAAACCAUCAGCGUUGGCCUGCAGACGGACCUCUUGAGGAACCUGACCAGCAGCCCGCACCGUUGCCUCACGCCUAAAGGGGGCAGCACUCCCAUCUCCUCGCCCUCUCGCAACCUGAGGAAGGUCCAGUACUCGCCUGUUGUGCAGAGCAAGUUCGAGCGACCAUGCUGCUCGCCCAAAUACGGAUCCCCCAAACUCCAACGCAAGCUGUCCUCCGCCAACAAGGCCGAGCUCCCCAACAACACCCGUGCCCCCACCCCCACCACCCCACAGAAGGGGAACAGUGAGUCGGCCUGGGCACGGUCCACCACCACGCGGGACAGCCCGGUCCACACCACCAUCAACGACGGCCUCUCCAGUCUCUUCAACAUCAUCGACCACACGCCGGUGGUCUACGACGCGCAGAAGUUCAACAAGUCCCCCAGUCGUUCCCGCGCCACCCCUCCCCCCACCGCGGAGCCAAGCCCCGCCCAUGGCCCCCUCACCUCGGAGCCCUGCCGGACGGCGAGGGGCCGCUCCCCGAGCCCGGUGCAGCUGAUCGUAGAAACGCAGGGUGACAAAAACCCAGAAGUGGUGAGCAUCCGCCAGGACCUGUCGGCGCCGCCCGGUUACACGCUCGCCGAGAACGCUGCUCGCAUCCUCAACAGGAAGCUGCAGGAACAGAACUUCAGAGAGGAGAGACGAGCGCAGGCGGGCAGAACGACAGACCAGGACCGAGGCCAGUCCGGAUGCAUGGAGGACCUGCCUCGCUCUCCAGUGGCUCCGCCCCUCGACUCCUGCUUCCUGAGACCCACCCGCCCGGCGAACCGCCGCCCCCCGUCUCGCUGGGCCGCCCACUCCCCCGCCACCUCCCCCAAGCGGCUGGAGUCCUCGAUGAGGAGGUUCACUUUUCCGCCACCGGGACAUCGGAGGACCAUCCUGGAGGGCGAGGAGCCGGCGUGAGCUUCUCUACCUCUGCUCUCCUGCCUGAAGAGACCCAGUACCUCAGCCAAACCCCCCCCUGAAGGAAACUGAUGGGUGGCACAUGAAUGGCGCCCGGGGGUCAGGGUCCGCCCAGUAGCACCAGCUGACCGUCGAGAAGCAACCAGAACUUCUGGAAUGUACUGUACCACUCUGACCACAUUUCCAUUGAUGGUGCCUGAGUUUGUCAUCGAUGUGUGUGAUUGUGUUGCUGUGUGUGAGUCCAUGUGAGUGUGUGUGUAUAUGUCAUGCACAAAAACACCCUUUAUGUUUGGAAACUGUUUACACCUUUUCUUUGUUUACAUUUUUGCAUUGUAAGCAGGUGGAGUUGAAGUGUUUCCCAGAGGCAAAACAAAUGUACGGUGUCCCAAAGAGCUCAAAAAGACAACGGGAAACACUUCGGCACCAACGGUUGGAGCUCAUCUGUGGUGCGACACAUCGAGCAGGUUUCUACUUAAAUUUGAGAUAAACUCUCGUGUAGAGUUGUGGGGUAAAACAUGGGUCUCUCACUUGUGAAGUUCUGAAAGCCCCAAAAUGAGUCAGACAAAUGAGGAGCUGUGCAACACCCACUCAGUCAACUCCACACGACCAUGUUUUCAUCCUGACGUCAUCCUCUCCCUGGACUCAAAAACCCCAAAUUCUUCAUUAAGUUCCAGCUCCUGGAACAACACACCUGAAGCUGUAACGUCUACUCUGCUCUGACCACCUUGAAAACGUCUUCUUUGUGAAGAAAACAUGGUUGUGUGGACGAGAUCAGGCGGGUCUCAGCACCACAAGGGUUUGAAUCCUUGUCAACAGACAGUUCGAGCUGGGGGCUGUGAUAAAGGGCGACCUCCAACAGUAUCUACAACUUGGCUUGGAGCACGUGACUCCGCCUUUUGCUCCUGAUGUCUGUCCUGUUGUUGAGUUGGCGCUGAUGUGCAAUACAACACAGACACCACCAGAUAAGUUCUGUUUUCUAAAUCGUGUUUUAAUGUGUCGAAACAAACACAGAUGACGCACAAAGCCAUUCCCAGAUUGCGAAGCAAACAUGAUGUCAUUUUAAUUUCGGGUGAAUGUGCGGCUGGACAUGAACCUUAUGCAUCUCUGGAAGGCGGAUGUACAAACCUGAGUCCAAUACUUGCAUGCCUUUGAAACACUAGCACUUUAGUGCAUGUACAUAUAAGCUCUAGUCGGCAGAGGUUGGAGGGAGAACCAUGUUUCCGUUGUCCGAUCCUUUCUAAAUUAUUGACUGUCUUUGUACAGUUCUAUCAGAUAUGGAUGAACUUUCUUUUGAGAAAAUAGAUUGUGAGGAUAAUCUGAAUGUUUUAAAUCUCAAGACGUCGAAUAAUCUAUGGUUGUGUGUGUAAAUAAUCAAUGUAAUAAACAUGAAUGUGUAUUUACAUGCUCUCGC